AUGAAUAUAGAAGAUAUUAUUGAAUUUCGUACAACAUGGAAUAAUGAUUUGUUUAUUAAAAAUAAAUUAAUUUGUCAGAUAGCAAAACGUUUAAUUAAAAAAAGCAUUUUAAUUAUUCAAAUACGAUCAUGUCGACAAUUGAAAUAUGCUGAGAAUGAUAGACAACUAUUGAAAAAUUAUAAUCAAUCAAAUUCAUUAGCUAAGGGUUUACAGAUGCGGUUGAAAAACUUACAAAAUGAAAUUGAUGAUUAUAAUUUACGAAUAAAAAAUAUGGUUCAACAAGAAAAAGACUAUUGGAAACAAUUAGAAGAAAUAAUUCUCAAACGAACAAUAACAACUUCUAAACCUACGAUGAAUACCAAUACUACAUAUGUUACUUAUACGGAUAAAAAUAAUGAAAAUGCACCACCAUCUGAAUUACAUUCCAAUAAAAAUAAAAAUAAAACUCGUAAAAAGAAAAAAAAAGUAUAUUAG